UUUCUUGCAGUCUGAAAGCCCAGUGCUGUUUUUCAGUACUCGACUUUGUGUCCGUUCAGGCUUUGUCUGUUUGUUACUGCCUUGCUGUAAAGUCAUCGGCUCAAUCAGAAGUCUAAUAAGGAACAUCAAAUACUUGUAUGAUACGAAGGAGCAAAAUAUUGCAUUGCAACAUCUCAUAUUGACGGGUUAAUUAAUCUGUCAUUUUAUGUAUUCCUUCUAGGUUGAAGUACAUUUUCCAUUCAAGAAGAGAGGCCUAAUGUCACCCAGCCAUGAGGAUCCAGCUGACAACAAAAGACAGAGAAAAAGAACAGUAUCAGAGACUGGAGGCAGUCUAAGCCAACUGUCAAGCCACACCAGACACAAAUUAAGAAGCUUCAAGUCUACAGUGCAUCAACAUGACCAGAGCUUAAACUACUCAGAAGUAGAUGUACAUGUACCUGUUGAUGCCACCACAACUUCUGCCAGUCCCAGUCCAAAUUUGGGCAGCAGAAAUCCAUGCAGAGGAUGUAACUCUCACCCAGGGCUGACCAUCAGUGACGAAGCAUCUGAUUGGAUGCCAGGAGAACAGAAUGAAGCAGGGAGUGAUGAAAAACUUUCAAAUACCUUGUUGACAUCCACAUGCAGUCCAUCCUUAUCUGCACAGUUUGAUGGGAACAUGCAUUCAUCUGUAACAGGGAGGGUUCAGUUUGCCUUAGAGGAAGAAAGGAAAUGUUGCCCAGACACAACCAAGGUCUCUACUAAAAUGUCAUUGCCGGUUGAUGGUCCAAUGAGAGGUGUUAAGUACACCCCUCUUGAACUGCAGUUUAUGGAGAUCAAGAGACAACAUCCUGAUGCUGUGUUGUUUGUGGAGUGUGGCUAUAAGUACAAAUUGUUUGGGCUGGAUGCUGAGAUUGCAGCGAGAGAACUGAAUAUCUUCUGUCAUCCAGAUCACAACUUCAUGAUUGCCAGUAUCCCUGUCCAUCGUCUGUUUGUCCACACACGGAGACUGGUUGCCAAGGGACACAAAGUUGGCGUAGUCAAGCAGACAGAGACCGCUGCCUUGAAGGCUGCUGGGGAAAACCGGGGUGCUCCUUUCCAGAGGAAGCUUUUGGCCCUGUACACAAAAUCCACUCUGAUUGGAGAAGAUGUGGACCCAGCCAGCAGCAGCCAAAUUUCUGAUCCAGUGGACAUCGAGGCUUCUUCCUUCAUUCCAAGCAACUACCUGCUCUGCCUUAGUGAAUUCACUAAGCCUGGUACCAAGUCGAAAAAUAAUGUCAUGUUUGAGUUUGGGAUGGUGGCCAUUCAACCUGCUACGGGAGACAUCAUCUAUGAUAGUUUCCACGACAGUGACCAUCUUAGUGAGCUGGACACCCGCAUCCACCACAUCCAUCCGGUUGAGCUUCUUCUGCCCAGUAUCUUGACUGAGAAGACUGAGAAGCUAAUUCAAGACAUUACAUUAAGCAGCACAAGUGAUGAUGACCGCAUUCGCAUAGAGAGGAUGGACAAUAAACAUUUUGAGUACUGUCUGGCCUUAGAGGUUGUCUCAUCAUUCUACAGCCAUAAGGACAUGGGUCCACUGAGUAAAGAAACAGAAGGCAAUGAGAGGUCUGAGCAACACAGAGAUUUUGCAAACAGAAAGCUUCAAGAAGUCAUAAACCUGCCUGUGCCAGUCAUCUGUUGCUUAGCUGCAGUGCUGAGGUAUCUCAGGGAGUUUCAGCUACACCACAUUUUAAAAAUGACCAGCAACAUUGUUUCCUUCUCUGCUAGACGUAAGUGUUUGAAGCUGGAUGCCUGUGCCCUACGAAACCUGGAAAUAUUUAAAAAUCAGACGGAUGGAUCAGGGAAAGGAAGCCUCUUCUCUGCUCUGGAUCACACCCAGACAAGAUUUGGUAGCAGGUUAUUAAGGAAGUGGCUUGGUAUGCCGCUGAUAGAACUGAGUGACAUCAAGAAUCGUCAGGAUGCAGUUGAGGAAUUGAUGCACUCCAAGUGUGAGGCAUUGAAUCAGACAAGGGAUCUCUUGAGCGGGGCACCAGACCUGGAGAAAGGCAUUUGCAGCAUCUAUCAUAAGAAGUGCUCAUCUGCAGAGUUUUACACAGUUGUCCAGUCACUAAGCAAGCUGUGGCACACACUGAGUUCCUUCCAGCAGCUAACUGAGCAUGAGAUAACUUCAGACCCCCUGAAAGUCAUCUUCACUGAGACACCAUCACUGCUGGAAGGGGUGAAUGAAUUUUUUCUCGCCCUCAAUAAGAAAGCAGCCAAAGAAGGGAAGAAGACGGAAUUGUUCUGUGACACAUCCCCUUUCCCUGGUGUUGUACACUGUCAGAAAGACAUCACUGAACUUCUUGGACAGAUUCAAGAGCAUCGGAGGGAAGUUAGGAAGGUCCUUAGAAAGCCUACACUGGAUUACAUCACAGUAUCAGGAAUAGAGUUCCUCAUUGAAGUGAAGAACAGUGUAAUCGAUGAUGUGCCUGAUAACUGGUUGAAAAUUAGUUCCACAAAGCAAGUGACACGAUUCCACAGUCCCUUUUUGGUACAAGCCUACAAGACAUUGUCCCAGUUGAGAGAGCAGCUUGCUAUUGAGUGCGAGAAUGCUUGGCUUCAGUUUCUAGAUUCAUUUAGUGGUCAUUACUUUGCUUACCGCAAGGCCAUCCAGUAUCUUGCAGCGUUUGACUGCCUCUGCUCAUUGGCUGAGUUGGCCCAGCAGGAAGGAUAUUGCAGACCGGUUCUUCAUGAGGAUUGUCCCUCUGUUCAUAUUGAGAAUGGCAGACACCCAGUCAUCAGUACCCUCUUGGGUGAGCAGGAGCAAAAUGUGCCAAACAGCACUCACCUUGAGGGGCAUGGUAAGCAUUGCAUGAUCAUCACUGGACCCAAUAUGGGCGGCAAGAGCAGCUACGUUAGACAAGUAGCAUUGAUCACUAUCAUGGCUCAGGCAGGGUUCUGGGUGCCAGCAGAGGCAGCCAGGCUUGGAAUCAUCGAUGCUGUAUAUACAAGGAUGGGUGCCUCGGAUAAUCUUUCCCAGCGACGCAGCACUUUCAUGGUUGAGCUGCAAGAAGCCUCGGACAUCUUGAGCCAAGCCACAGAAUGCAGCCUGGUAAUUCUGGAUGAGCUGGGCAGAGGGACUAGCACGCAUGAUGGUGUGGCUGUUGCAUUAGCAACAGCAAGACAUAUUAUACAGGAGGUGAAAUGUCUGUUACUGUUUGUAACCCACUACCCACCACUGGCUGAGCUGGAGAGGCAAUUCCCAGACCAGGUGACCAAUUAUCACAUGGGAUUUCUGCUGCAUGAAGAUGUAACAGAAAAAGAUGACGACACAAACAUCAUUACCUUCUUAUACAAACUGGUACCAGGCAUUGCAGCUAGAAGUUAUGGUAUGAAUGUUGCAAGACUUGCUGAAGUCCCACCUGAUGUUAUCAAAAUGGCUGCUACAAAAUCCUAUGAGUUAGAAGACGCAGUCCUUGCAACAAGGUAAAAUCUUUUUUAGUAAUAGUCCCCCUCAGGAAGUCUUAAACUCUUGCUUAAUAGUUAAUUCCCCGAAGUACAUUAUAAUUUUGUGACAUUUUGAUACAUUUGUAGAUAAAGUACAUUACAUAUUGGUUGUUAUAACUUUUAAAAUCUUAUUCUUGUUAAUGUUUUGAUGAAAAGCUGGCUAUAACCUGAUCUUAGAUCAUGACAUCUUAGUGCCAUACCAAAGACACACUGCUGUUUUGUAUUAUCACUUUUAAGCUGAUCUGUAAGAAUCCAUUUAAGGAGCAGGAGCUUGUUUUGCUCAUGUAGCCUUCCUUUGAAUCAACUUACACAGUAAAACUUGGGUGGAGAAAGGCAAUAAUAGGUCUUAUGUAACACAUUUCAUGUAGGUAUUCCAUGACAGGGCCUAACCUAGCCUUACUAUAAUCAGUUUGCUUCUGCUUGUGGCACGCAUCAACAGUUCUUGUGAGAACAAGGGACCCAUUUUACAAAUUUUUAGGAGUUUGACCGCCAAUUUUUGUACGGAACUGAAAUAUACACAAUAUCUUACAGAUUAUUGCUUCUGGACUUGGAAGACCCAUUUUUUUUUUCUGUGGGCUUUGGAGCAUGUGAAGGGAUCUUGCAUACCGUCUGUCCUUUGAUUUCUAAUGAACUUUACAUAACCUCUUAUACCUUAAUUUCUAAGCUGCAGUGCAGCAAUAAGAAAUCACCAGGGUGGUAGAUAGUAAAGGACAUUGAAGAAGUGUUUCAGGGCUCACCAACUAUGAAAACCUAUAUACUGCACUUGCAGAACUUUAGGAACUUUUUGACACAGAUGAGCUGAAAGGCCCGGCUUUUUAAAAAUAGCUGCAAUACUGAACCAAGGACUGCACCACACAGGCAUUCUUACUUUACCAACAUUGAAAAGACCACUUCCAGAUGUUCUUUCCCAGCUAGAGAAUGUGCCAUGUACCAGCAAAGUGAUUUUCAAGAAGCCACGAAAGGAGCUACAAUUUAUUAAUGCAAACACAACAGAUUCUUCUCCUGAAGGCCUUGGCACCCAUCACUCUGCUCAUCCAGGAUGCUCGAUCAACUGACGCACAUGCUAAGCCUGUAACUGGCUCCACUAUUUUGCUACUUCUCACUAAUGCUAUAUGGAUGAUGACCUCCUCAUUCAUAUAUAUUUACCACUUUCACAAAGAAGUCAUCAUCUGAGACCCCUACACAAACCUUAGUGUGGCAUGUGCCAGUAGGGUUUGAUUUGCUGCCUGGUGAAAAUCUCUCCCCAAGAUCAUAAAAAAGACCAUGCAUGUAACUGAGAGCAAGACCAUUUGCUGCCAACCCUGUCAUGACGAGUACCCAAAAUGAAAUUACCCAUCCAAUAUCACAGCCCCGUGCGGUACUAACAGGUAUCCAAGAGGCGUGACCACACAGUGGCGCUUUCAGUGAGAAGGCCCUGUCAUUACAAAAAGUAGGCUGCCAAAAGGCCAGGCCACUGCCAACAAACCAGCUUUCUAUCAAAGAAGCACAGAAGCACCACCAAGAAAAACAGGAAGUGGAAAACGGAGGUGAUCACGGGUACAUGUAUGUCCCACAACUUCAGAGAAAUAUAAACCACAUAACUUUUGUGUGGCAAAACUACAUCCAAUUUGAAUGAAUGGCAACAAAUAACCUCUUGUUACACCCGUGUAUGACCGAAAGGGCAUACAUGUGCAGGUGUUACAUUAAAAUAUGAUGUGAUACGCAGUCCUGUAAAAAUAAUGGAAAUACACCAGUCAGGAAUACAGGAAAGCUUGUGACUUUAAUGAAGAUGGUGUUGCCUUGAACAUUGCAUGAGGAACAAUGAAGAAAUGAUUGAGUAAGUACAAAUUCUGGCAAAACACAUAACGCAAUGAUAAAUUCCUUAAAACUCUGAUUGCUUAGAAAACACUUGCGAUAUCGAUAUGUAUCCAUGAGCUAACCUAUCAACCUAACACAAUAUCGAUACUAGCUAGCCUUAGCAAUUAUCAAUAUGCUGUUCUCUGGCAUACUUGCCCAUACAUAAGUCUAUAUCACUAUCACACAGCCCAACUGCACUUUCCCACAGGUGGCUGAGAUAAACAAUCCGGGAUUAUAUCUGGCUGAAUGAACACGAGUCAUGCACUGGACUCAGCAUGGUCUUGGCUGACCCAUGUACAUGUCUCAAGGUUCCUUUGUUCUAAGUAAAGGUAGUAUGGCAAAAUCACAAGACACAUGUACAUGUAACUUACAAAAACUUCGAACUCUAAAACACAAAAUGAUUGUUCAGAAAUCGGUCUUAACUAAAAUCACUAUUUAUACAUAACUAAUUCUGGCAUCCAAGAAACCUUGCAACAAUCCUUGGUCUAAAUUACGCAAACUUCACAAAUCAGCUGUCUUGACAUGAACCAUAAUUCAUCAUAUUAAAAUCAUACUAUCACAGCUGUCUAGAACCUCAUCUUUCAGAAAACUUGGCAAAAAUGCAGUAAGGUUCCAAAGAAUACUUUAGUCAAGGAGGGAACCUUGUUAUUCCUACAGAAAGCCUCACACUCUCAAGGAAUUGACUAUCUCAAUGUCUCAAGACUAAACAACUGAUUUCUUCAUGUCGCUUGUUAUUAAAAUAAAGUACCACAAUAACAAAACACAAUUCCAAUGAUAUCUAUGACAAGGUAUAAUACAGAAAUGAAAGAUAAAAUGAUAGAUCAACAUACCUGUAAAAAUAAUGGAAAUACACCAGUCAGGAAUGCAGGAAAGCUUGUGACUUUAAUGAAGAUGGUGUUGCCUUGAACAUUGCAUGAGGAACAAUGAAGGCAACUUCCUGUCCCUGCUGAUGUGGCACUUUUGGUCAAGUCCAUUAUGUUACAGGGGAGAACAAUUCUGGGUCGAUGCAUUAUAGGAAGGGGGAAAAAGUUAACCAACAAUUAAAAAAAGGGGGGGUGCAAUUUCCAUGACCUCUACACUCGCCCCUGCGAAAAGAAAUGUUGUCCUCAACAUUAACAAAUUCAAAUUUACUUGAUACAGAGUCCUGUUCAUUAGAGAAACAGUUCACGUAAUGUCCAUUUCAGGAGCAUGCUGCUCAUCCAUUACUAGGCCGUUUCUCCUCGACGAAGUAGCUGGGUGGGAUUCAGGGCUGAUGGAGUAGCUGAUUCCACUUCCAGUCGUCCUCAGAUCUCAGUGUCUAAGAUCAUUGGUGAAAUGGGCUGGAACUGGAUGACAAGCACAGUAACAUCUUCAACUGUGGGCUACGACUGUCAUCGAGGCAGAUUGUUGACGGCGAUCCAUCGAUGCACUUGAUGACAAAUCCUUCCCCGGGGUACACUGCGCAGUGAUUCUUCUUCGAUGUUGUUACUGGCUGUUGACUCGUCAACGAUUCACUCUCUUGGAGCCAUACUUGGCUGCGGAGGCCAGUGGGUCCACAUCAAGCUGGGUGGCAUCAUUGAUGGAGAGGGAAUGUAACGCGGUGGGACCAUAACAGGUGGCAUACCACUCAGUGGAAUUCCCCAAGGAGGUGCAGCACCACUCUGGACAAGUGCGAUGCGAGGGUCCAUUGGCUGAUAUGAGGGUUCUCCAAGUCUGGCAUACUGGAACAUCAUCGGAGGACGACGCUCUCUACAUGGUCGGCCCUCUUCCGCAUGUGCUACUGGCUCAGGCUGUGGCUGAGGUUGUGGUGCGGCUUGGUCCGGUCCCUCAGGAGCGGCUGGUAUGUCAGGAACUGGCAUCGGAGAACCGGGCUCUGCAAGACUGUUCUCGUGGUCCAAAGGGAGCUCAUCAACUUCUGAAUGGCUCUCAGGUAGUUCAGCACUUUCAUGCACAUUAUCACCUGAGAGAUCGUCCUGAUUGGAUGUACCAACUUCUGCUCCAGACUCAAUGGACGGUAGGUCACAGAUCGGGUUGUCUACUGUCGGUGCAUC